AUGACAAUGAAGAUUAUUGAAAGACAUGAACCAAGAUAUAACGUAGAAACAAAAGUUGCUGCACCAGUUUACAUUCUUCCAAAACAUGGACCAGUUGUAGAUGGCGCUAGAUACCCGCUUGAAAUGCCCAGAGCAGAGGUCUAUAGAACUCCAGUGGUUGUCAGGCGACCAAAAGUGAUUGUUGAAGAGCCGAAAAAGAAGGAAGUUGUUGUAACACCGAUUGUCGAAAGAAGACAAAAAGUUGAAUUUAUUAAGCCCGUAGUGAAAACUGUACUGAAAGCAUGA